AUGUUCUACCCACCGGAUGAGGUUGCCGAUCGUCGCCCAUCUAUAACGGAUGGUAGGUUUUCUAGCCUUUGUAGUUGGUUUAAGGGAAAGGUGCUAGACGACGAAAAAGAGAGCAACUCAUCCGGUGACGUGGAAACUCGCUCUUCCGUUCAAGAAGACUAUGAUCCUCCGUAUGCUGGAAAUGACCAUCCUCCUCGGGGCCAUCCUUCGGGUUCAACUGAAGAAGAGGAUGAGAAUAUUGAAGGUAUCGUGCGAGAUCGCUCGCCUGAACAUGUCGGAGAAUUUUGA